UCAAAAUUUAGAAAAAAAGUUACAGGAAGCAAAUGUAAGAUUUCAAAAGUUGAAUAAGCUGUAUGAAAAUAAACUUGAAAAACUAAAGAGAAUGCAGGAAAAAAUUGACAAUUACAGUAAAGGUCAACAUUGUGUAGUGAAAAUUGAGUCAGAUGCAAAGGACUUAGAACCAAGGGCUGUGUUUUUACUUGAUCAAAUUUAUAAUUAUUCCCUAAAAAAGCCAAGAUGGUCUGAAGUUACAGUACGUCAUUGUAUUGCCUGGAGGUACAUUUCUUCAAAAGGUUACGAAUUUGCGAAAAAAAGUCAGUUUUUAAAAGCUCCAUCCAGAAGAACUUUAGACAGAUAUAUGGGAAAUUCCCAAGGGGAUCCAGGCUUGACUAAUUUAAUUAAAAACAGAAUAACUGCUGAAGAUGACAUGGCCAUUAAAGAAAAAAUGGAGUAUAGUCGAACAGAAGAUACAUUUUACGGCAUUGCAAAUACUGAGAACGAAUAAAAUUAAUCCUAGUGUUUUUUAUUUGAAAUAUUGAAGACAUAAUAAAGAGUUAUUGUAAUAUGUUAAUGCUCUUGUAAAUUUGUAAAGAUUAAAAAUAACUAUCUAACCCAAAUGUAAAUCUCAAAUUUUGUAAAUAAAUAAAAUUAUA